AAAUCGAAAGCCCCCCCCCCCUGCGGUCUCAACACAAUCUUAGAGAAAAAGAGAAAGAGAUUUAUUUUGUAAUAGUUACAAUCUUCCGUAAGAAAGUUUUUUUUUUUUAUUAUAAUAUAUACAAAUGUCAAAACACUCCUAAGGAAUUUGUGAGGCACGACAGUGGGAAGGGCCAGAAAACAAGUUUCUGAGGAAGAAAAAAAAAAAAUACUUUUUUUUUCCUGAAUUAUGGAUGGACCACAAACGAUAAAAGAAAGUAAUUCACUUACCGAAAAAAUGGAUUUAUUCAAUUCUUGUUUACUGAAUCGAUUAAAAACAUUGCCACGAGAUCCGAGUUUAAUUGUCCGUCCUCUAAACACCAAUGAUUAUGAAAAAGGAUUUACUCAACUUUUGAGCCAACUCACCGAAGUCGGAUCAAUAGGAGAAGAUCAAUUUCUCAGUAGAUUUGCAAAAAUGAAAAACGCCGGCGGCUAUUAUGUAAUUGUAAUAGAAGAUCGAAAUAUUGGAAAAAUUAUAGGCAGCGCUACUUUAGUUGUUGAACAAAAAUUCAUUCACAAUUGCGGUUUGCGUGGUCGAUUGGAGGACGUCGUUGUAAAUUCCACAUAUCGAGGGCAACAAUUGGGAAAAAUUCUUGUAAUGGCAGUAACACAACUCUCACGUCAAUUGAAAUGUUACAAAUUAUCACUCGAUUGUAAAGACAAAUUAGUUCCAUUCUACGAAAGUUUGGGCUUCAAACUUGAACCUGGAAAUGCAAAUCAAAUGAACGUUCGAUUUCCCGCCAAUCAAGCUGAACAAUCACAUUUAUGAUAAAAAAUAGAA